AUGGCCACCGCUUCGUUCUCUCGUUUGAUCCGAUUUGUACCAUGCUCAAAUCCCGCGAGUGUCAUGAUUGGGGAGCCGGAUCCUGGCGUCGACAUUGGCCAUGAACUACGGGAGGGGCGAGAUGUUUAUGUCUCUCCUUGGUCCGGAUCAUCAGUGCUUGAGCCAGGUGCCAGGAGCAGCCGUCGUGAGCUUGUACAAAGAGUCUUGUCGCCUCUUGCGAGCAACGAGGUGGGAACCAUUCGCUGUAUUGGGCUUAAUUAUGUUCAACAUGCCAGAGAAAUCGACGCAGAAAUCCCUACGGUGCCCACUGUCUUCUUAAAGCCAAGUACCUCGCUUGCCGAUCCUUGGCCAGCACCAACAAUUCUGCCAGCUAUAACUCAGAGAGAUGACUCGGGGGACUAUGAGGCCGAGCUUGCCAUUAUAAUCGGCAAAGAAUGCAAGAAUGUGCCCGAGAACGAGGCCCUGGAGUACGUCCUGGGAUAUACGGCAUGCAACGACAUAUCAAGCAGAGCGAGCCAGUUUGCGCAGUCGCAAUGGUGUUACUCUAAAGGGUUCGAUGGAUCUUGCCCGUUAGCCUUGAUUCCCGACCCGUCCAAGUUGAGGAUUCGGGGUUUGAAGAACAAGCUGGUUAUGCAGGACUGUACAACCGACGACCUCAUUUUCAGUGUCCCGACCCUUGUCAGCUUCUUGUCCCAGGGCACAACUCUACCCGCAGGAACAGUCAUCAUCACCGGGACACCGGCAGGUAUUGGCGCAGCACGUACUCCAAAGGUGUCAAUCCGCGAAGGGGAUGAGUUCGCGGUGGAGAUUCUUCCCCAUAUUGGAACCUUGUAUAAUGUUUUCGAAAAUGAAAAGUAG